AUGUCCAAAGAGUCAUCCAGUCCCACACAUUUCCCGAAACUUACAAAGCCAGGCUAUUUCACCAUUCCAAGUAUAAGCGCUUUAUCUGAUUUUUCAAGUGAGCAGCUUUCUAGAGUUAACGGAUUCACAAUUGCAAACAGGCAUGGGAAAAUUGUGUUUGAAGGCUUUACCGAUUUAAGAGGCCUGGAUCUUGAUAAAAUUGUGAAUAUAGAGAAAAAUGAUGUCACAGUCUAUCCUGAUGAUUUUUCCAAGCCAGUGGUAGGGGAAGGGCUAAAUAAGCCAGCGUGCAUAACUUUUUAUGGUACCAUUGCCAAAAAAAUUAAGCUGUGUUUUUACCUUUAAUCAAAUGGUAUUCUUUUUUUUUUUGGGAAAUUCGCCUUAAAGUUUAUAAUCAAGCCCUUCUAAAGUUUUUGCCAGCAUCAGAUGUAAGGAAUAUUUAGUCAAAACUGGUUGAAUCCAAUAAAAAUACCAAUUCUUUAACAUUUAAGGUACCCCAUUUUACGCGCUAUGGCUUCUUUGAUGAUACAGACUCAGACGAAGAGCAGCCUAACCCUAGAGAUACCAAGCAUCCAGACUAUCCCAAAGACAAAGGAGAAGGCUUAUUUUCUGAAGAAGAGGAAGCACAAAUUUAUAUCCCAGAAUUCAAAGAGCCGCCAUCACGAAAAGCCAAAGAAGAAGCUGAAGAAGCAGAAAUGGUUGUUGAGCACCCUGCAGACGAGCCAAAACAUAUCUGUCUUAAUGAGCAUUUCCGCAUCUGCUUCAGUCCUAACGGUAAAUUUUUUUUGCCGACUGAAAAAAAUGAGCUUGUCCCGUUUUCAGUUGCCAAGCCAGACCAUGACGUCGCUGACUCUCUUGAGCUGCACCUACAAUAUCUCGAACCCCCCAAAAUCGCCAAAAAAGUUCCAGGAAUAAGCGGAUUUUCUUUUAAAAAUAAGCAAAAUUUAUGGAAAAGACUAGCCAAGCUGUAUAUAAUGAAGAUGAACAAAGAAGAGUGACCAGGAAACGCCAUGCUCUGGAGCUUGGUAAAUGUUCUGUAUGGAGACUCCACAAUAAAUACAUAUGAAGCUUUAAAUUCCCAAGAAUACCUUGAAAACUGGACGAGCACUGAGCAUAGUCCUGAAAGCGUGACAUUAAACAGAAAAAGAGGCCUCAGGUAUUGGAUAAAGGCAUGGAACUGCUUAUUUGAGCCUUUAGAAACUGAAGAUGCUGGCGAAAAAAUCCUUUACUCCCCCCCCCCCCCUCCGUGAGCGAACAAAACCAUUAGAAAAAUCGCCAUUUUUUGACCAAAAACCCACCCUCCGUGAGUGAACACAAAAUUUUUUUUAAUAGAAAAAAUUUUAAUGGAAAAAAAUUUUGAUAUAUAAAGUGAUAAUUAGUAUAAUGAAAUCUAGAGCUAAUUCUGUUUAAUUUUAAACAAAUUGCGUUUUAAAACAUAAAUUUUGCAAAUUAAAUUAAUAUUUGCUUCCCAAUUUUUGCAAAUUAGGAUUUUUUUUUAAAUUUCGAAAAAAAUAUUUUUUAUAAAAUUUAUAUAUAAAUUUUUUUUAAAAAAAAAAAAUUAACCCCCCUCCGUGAGCGAACAAAAUUUUUUUGUUCGCUCACGGAGGGGGGGGGGGGGGAGUUAGCCAAAUGGCAAGAGGUGAAAUAAAAGAAGCUGUAAUAACAGCAAUCCAAAGCAAAAAUCUGUUUUUAGCUAAUUUACUAAGCCAAAGCACGUCUGGGGACUUUAAAAGAUGUGUAAAAAGGCAGCUGGAUGCGUGACUGGGUAACAAAACAGUUGAUCUUUUCCCUGAGUCUAUAUAUAAAAUUUAUAGACUUAUGUCUGGAGAGCUUGAUAUAGCCCAGCUGGUUGACUGAAAACAGUCCCUUCAGCUAGUAAUGACGUAUGGGCUUCCUUUAAAUACAGACAUCCAGCAGGCUUUUGAAUAUUUUGAUAAGCAUAUUAAAGAAGAAAACGCUGAAUGCUACCCAUAUUUGCCUAUAAAUAAGCAAAAAAUCGACCUUUGCUACUAUUUAAUAGAGCUUUAUUCUAGGCCAAAAGAUGCAAUAGAAAACCUUACUUUUGCGCUAAAUCCUCACACAAUUCAGCAGAAUUUUAAUUUAGAAGCUUCAUGAAUGACUAUGGUGGCUUUAUAUGGGUCAUGAUAAGAAGGGUUUUUCUCUAUAAAAGUAACUGUAAUUUUUUUUUUUUAUAAAAACACCAUAGAAAAUUAAUUUGUCAUUUUUUAUAGCAGCCCUUUGUAUGGGGUCUACUAUUAUUCCAAUUUCUCUGACAGUUUUUGGUCAAAUCGGCUGAACUCUAACGUUGACGAAAUUUUUAAAAAUCUCCAAAAACUAUCAUAUGCCUUCGCAGAAGAGCUGGAAUUUAAUGGAAAUUGGCAAUGGGCUGUCUAUGUUCUAAUGUUCAUAACCAACUCUCAAAAAUUGAUAAAGCAGCUUAUAUCUCGCCAUGCUUUUGAAAUUGACCUUCAUGAAGAGUUUUUAAUAGACGAUUUGCAUAUCCCCAAAGCGUGAAUAGAUGAAGCCAAAGGUCUAGCUUGCGAAGCCACUUUUGACUACUUAAACUCCAUCAUGCACUAUCUAAACUGUGAAGACUACUAUAGAGCUCAUAACAUUUUUAUGGAAAACGCUGCCCCACAAUGCAUAAUUUCUUUUGAAGGGGACGCCCUAUAUGAGCAUCUAUAUGAGCGAAUUAUUCUCCCGCUUCAAGAAAAGUCACAUGAGCUCGCUUCAUGGAGCUUUAGUGGGGAUUUAUAUUGUAAAUACCUGCAUAUUGCACAAAGAAUGGAGGAUUUUUAUAGAAAUGAGUUUAAAUAUUCAGAUUUAGUAGAGCUUAUCAUCAAGAUAAAAGAAUUGGUAAGCGCAAUGAAAGAGCUACCUAUUUCUAGCAUAAAGCAGCAGGCGGGGAUUAGUAUUAUGGAAAAGAACUUGGGGGACUGGCAUCUAGAGCUGAAUCAGAAAUUGUUGGUUUUAGAUGACCAUGAAGAAAACUUGCCUGAGAAGAUUUAUUUGAGGUUUAUACAGAGAGGGGAUGCGAUUCAGCAAGCUGAAAAAUUUGCAGGGUUAUACUUGAAGCAGAUGGCAAGUAAAAUUAGAUAA